AUGGCGGUGUCAAAACAUACCAUGCGUUUGCGAAUCGCAACAGCACGUCUUUACAUCAACGAGUUCUUCCUCGUGCCUCCUCUUCUCUGGCUAGGCCUCUGUUUGGAUAGUGGAGCCAACAAAAGUGGCAUUAUGACCGCUGUCGAAGAUAUCAUUUCUGGCUUUGAGAAAGAACUCCUGGAGCGUGCUCUUGCCGAGGCUCGCACUGACCCCCCUGCCAAUGACAUGGAAGAGGACGAUGAAGGCGGCCAGCCAUUGCAGGAUGAGGGUGCUCGAGCCAAAAAGCGCAGGGUGCAAAUGCGCAAGAGAGUUGCGGCCGUGUGUGCCAACAAGCCGCAGAUGUACUGCGAUGAAGGCUCCUUGCCCGCCAUUGGCGUGCAGAUGGCGCAGAAUGGCCAUCGAGCCGUUGGCCUGUGCGACGAGCCGCAGAUGUACUUGCCCGCCAUUGGCAUGCAGAUGGCGCAGAAUGGCCAUCGAGCCGUUGGCCUGUACGACGAGGAUCGCUUCCUGCUGCGGGCCCUUGCACAUGGUGAAGGCUCUGGGUUCAACCCUGCCACCGUGUCGAAAUUAUUCAAUGGCUCCUCCUGGAAGCGUUCGGUCGUGAAGGACCAGAACCGUUUCCUAAUGAAUAAGACAUGCCUCUGCCUUGCUAUGACUUUCCACAUCGAAGAGUGGCACGAUUUUUUGUCCAAAGACGAUCAAUCUUUGGGCGUGCAAAGCCGCCUUUUGAUGUUCCAUAGCAUGCCGAGCUUGGAUCGUGCUGAAACUGUCCUCGACAGCACCGUCUACGGGCCUGCGCGAGCCUUGCAACCUCCACCUCGCCUGCCUGAGUCCUUGCUCUCUCGCUUUGUGCGCAGCCUCGCGCGUUCUGAGCAGGAGCACGCAACAAACCGCGCAGACUAUGACAACGUGCGGAAAUACAUACCCUAUUUUUUCGCGUUGGGUGCCUUCGAAGAUUUCAAAAGCCACUACGAUGCUCAGGUCCUCAAGCAAGAACUCUCAUAUCUGGACCCGAAGAAAUUCUCCCAGGCCGGCAAACUCAAGUCUUUGCCUUGGCGCCUGGCGCUUCUGCUUCAUGUGUGGGCUCACGCCUGCCCUGCUCUGAGGCUCGUGGCGAGCCUCUGCAGUGGUCACGUCGCCUCGCAGGUGCGCAUGUCGAGCUGGAGUCUGGCCUGCGAGAGGCUGCCGCCCAAAGUAAUUCCAAUUUGGUGGUUUUCCUUGAAUCUCGAACUCUGCCCGGUGCACACCCAAGCUGGAAAUCCUGGUGGCAGUGGCAAGCGUGCCGGACCCUUCGCGCAGUGGUGGGACGCCCUGGAUCUCGCCGCCCAAGUGUAUGCGUUUCUCGCAGCCCAAUGGAUCCUUUGCAGCACCACGUCGGUCAUCGUUGACCAAAGCAGCGCCAUACGCAAGUACACGCAGCUUGCAGUGCAUCAGCAAAGUGGCACGGUCAGUCGCGUGCAAAAGCGGCGGCGCCAUGAGCAGCCGCCCAACACCGCCGUCUUUGCAAAUCUACUGGGCCUGUUCAAGCACAAGCGUGCAGCAGCUCCGCAGCAAUAUAAUGCUGAGUAUCUUCUGCUCACAGAAUCUAUCAAGAAGAUGUGCAAGAUCACCGAAGCGCCCGUGCUCGCGCAUGAAUUCUACGCUGUCCACCUUGGACAAAUACGUCAAAAGUGUCCUUGCUGA